AUGGCAGCGUUAGGAUCAGUUCAUCAUCUCCCUUCUCAUCUCUUUGCUAUUAGAGGAGACUCUCCACCUCACAAUUGGUCGUGCGACUACUUGGCAGCUUUGGGUGGCGAUCGAACAGACUUUAGGUUCGACGACCAAGGCUUGUACCUUGCGUCUUCUCGGCCAGUUGCAAUCGCUCUGGCAGGGGGACUCUGGUUCCCGGACACUGGGGCGACUAAUCAUGCAACUCUGGAUGUCUCUACUUUGUCCUUCACUACUAGUUAUGAUGGCCCGGAUGUCCUCUGGGUUGGCAAUGGUUCAGAAUGGAUUGCGAACAUAGGAGAUGGAGAAAUUCAGGGGAAAACAAUUGGAUGUGAAAACAUUACUAUUCCAGAAGAGAAUUUGUUGAAAUGUUCUGGAGAUCCAAUUGCAACUAUUGUGGAAAGUACAUAUCCAUUAUCCUCUAAUAUUUUUUAUGAUCCAACAUACUUGGAAAAGAGAGCAAUAUUGGCUCCAACACUUAAUGUGGUUGACUCUAUCAAUGAAUAUAUGACUUCUUUAAACACAUAUGAAGGAAAUACAUAUUUCAGCUUUGACAGUACUUGCAAAUCAGAUUCAAAUGUUGAUCUAUUAGUAGAUGUGCACACGCCUGAAUUUUUGAAUGGGAUCAAGUGUUCUGGUGUGUCUAAUGGGACAAGGAUGGUUAUUACUAAACUUGGAAAUCAUGUUCUAGAAGCAAAGGUAUUAUCUGGAAGUAGUGUAGAUCAUAAAAUCUUAAUUCCAAGAAUGUCAUUAACUCCUUCAGAUUUGAGACUGCCUUUUAAAUUUCAAAGAAGACAAUUCCCUCUAAUCGUCUCUUAUGCAAUGACGAUUAACAAGAGUAAAGGUCGAUCACUUUCUCAGGUAGGCCUCUUUUUGAAAAUACCAGUAGUUAGUCAUGAACAAUUAUAUGUUGCUGCUUCAAAAGUCACCAACCCAAAUGCAUUGAAGAUUUUGAUUUGUGAUGAGGAGAACAUCCAAACAUAG